CAUAUGCUAUGGGUGUGACCCCAAAAAAGAAAAAAAUAAAAUAAAAUAAAAGAUUUUGAGACAGCCAGCCGUGUAUGCCUACUUUAGUUAAAAGCAUGGACUCUGGUGUCAAAGAGACUUGAUCCAAAUCUUGACUUCACCUUGUCAUUUCAGGCAAGUCAUUUCAAUUCUCUGAGCCAUGUCUGCUUUGGGAUCAUAAUCAGUAAAAAUAAUGUUUUACCUAAAAAAAAUUAAAGCAGGCAGCUUGUUGUAGUGUGAAAGAAAAGUGCUUCAAUUUCUUCUUCUGUACAAUGGGUACUAUAAAAUCUCCUACUUCUUCCCUCACCCCUUUCCCUACUGCCUCCCCUAGCUCUCCCUCAGCACUACCUACCAGCACACUAAGACUGCGGUGGAGAUGGUUUAAGACCACCACGUAAAAAAUGCCCUCUAGGCAUCUUACUCGGGCAAAGAGUUGGCAUUUGGAGAAAUAACAGACUUGAGCGUAAAACCGGAUGCUGAUACUUAUUUGCUGUAUGAUGCCAGGCAAGACGCCUGACCUCUCUGUGCUUGUUUCCUCCCCUGUAAAAUGGAGAUAACAGUCCUUGCUCACUAAUUCUAUAUGGUUCGCAGUGCGCCUUCCUAUAUCCACUUUGGCUUUUCUCCACUAACCCACAAUCUGAGGGUAGAGAGGGGUGUUUAUAAGGGGCAGUCUUUGGAAUCAGGCAUGUGGACUUGGGUGUGAGCUCCUAGCUCUCCACUUCCUAACCGGUGUGACUGGGUGCUGAAGUCCCCUCUCUGAUAAAUGGGCAUACUACUACCUCCUUCACAAGGCUGCUGAGACGAAUAAAUGAGAUGUCCAAGCAAGCGCAUCUGUAUGCAGAAAGCGCUCAGUAAUUGCUUUUUCCCCCUUCCCCCCAUACAAAGGUGAGGGAUUCUUAUUGUUCACUUGAUUUCUGUCCCACCUCGUGUUGAAGGCAUCCGGUCUCAAAGCGCGGAGGACAGCAGAGGUGGAAGGGGAGAAGGAGAAAGGAAGCGAGGGAGAAGCAGCAAACUCACGGGGCCACGGAGACCGGAAGGCGGUAUCCGCAGCUCUCCACGCCGGAGCAACCGCUGUCCACCAGCCGAGCGCUGGUAAAGAAAGGGAGCGCGAUCGCCCAGCCAGGAGGAGGAGGAAAAAUCACCACCGGGUCUGAGUGACUCCCCCCUCCCACCCCGAGGAAUCGAGGUCUGCGGGGCUGGGGAAAGAGCACUUCCGCGGCCCUACUGCGCUGAGGCAGGUGGUGGGUUCCGCUGGAUGCUGGCGAAUAGGCCACGAAAAGCUGAAUCCGAACUUGAAUUCUGAUUGCAGAGCUGUCCCUACUGAGAUACAAGGAAGGCAGGCAGAGCCCCUCAACGUCACUUUGGGGAUUUCGUCCGCAGAUUCAGCUUUUCCAAAAAGCCCGAGCCUUGCGUUAUAUUCAGAUAGACGAUCUUCUUGGGCAUGGCUAGCAUAAUUGCACGUGUGGGUAACAGCCGGCAGCAGAGUACACCCUUGCCACCUUGGGCCCAUUCCAUCUUGAGGUCCUUGGGGAGGAGUCUUGGUCCUUUAAGGGUCAAUAUGGUGGAAAGAAACAUGAAGUUGUUCUCGGGAAGGGCGGUGCCAGCCCAAGGGGAAGAAACCUUUGAAAACUGGCUGAUCCAAGUCAAUGGGAUCCUGCCAGAUUGGAAUAUGUCUGAGGAGGAAAAGCUCAAGCGCUUGAUGAAAACCCUGAGGGGCCCCGCGAGGGAGGUCAUGCGUUUGCUGCAGGCGGCCAACCCUAACCUAAGUGUGGCAGAUUUCUUGCGUGCCAUGAAAUUGGUGUUUGGGGAUUCUGAAUGCAGUAUCACUGCCCAUGGUAAAUUCUUUAACACUUUGCAGGCACAAGGGGAGAAAGCCUCCCUUUAUGUGAUCCGUUUAGAAGUGCAGCUCCAGAAUGCUAUUCAGGCAGGGAUCAUAGCUGAGAAACACACAAACCAGACUCGCCUGCACCAGUUCCUUUUAGGGGCUGAACUGCAUGGGGACCUGCACUUCAGGCUGAAGCUUCUUCUCAGGAUGUAUGCACAUGAUCCGGAGCGUCUUCCCAACUUCCUGGAGUUAGUCAAGAUGAUAAGGGAGACAGAGGACUGGGAUGACACGUUUAUGAAACAGAAGCGUUUCAAAAGAUCUGAGCUAAUCAUGGAGAUGGCAGCGAGCCCCGUGGCAUUUCAGGGCCCCCAGCUAACAGCCAUCAGCAGUGCUGAUUGCAGUGUGAUAGAGAUAGAUGAUACUCGGGAUGACUUGGAUGAGGAUGUGAUCCUGGUGGAGCCUCAGAACCCUCCACUUACAUACACAGGUGCUCCUCCCCACAGAAUGAGGGCCAGACUGCAGGACCAAAUACUGGUCAUUGAGUCCCCAAACAGUUCCCAGGCUCAGUGGCCUUCUACCAGUAGUGGUUCUGCACAUAAGAAUGAUAGUCCUGGGGAUAUCCGUAGAGCCAGGAAGAGAAAAUAUACAGUCUGCUGUUCCUAUUGUAGUGAGGAGGGCCAUUCAAAGGAAACCUGUGACAAUGAGUGCAACAAGGCCCAGGUAUUUGAGAAUCUGAUCAUCACCCUGCAGUAGCUGACACCUGAAGAGGAGGAGAGGUCAAAAGAGGUCCCUGGUGAACACAACGACCUCUUUGAGCCACAGUAAUGUGCUAGACCCAGCCCUGAGUGAACCCUUAACUGUAUUCAAAGAGUGAUGACAGGAAAAACAGGGGUGGGGUAGAGGAAGCGUCUAUAGGCAUAAAUUAAUACACAAAGUGGUUUUCUUUUGGGAAGAACAACAACAUUGAUAGGAGGGCCUAAUCUCUGUCUCUGCUCCUUCCUCCAUCUGCCUGAGGGUCUGUUCUCCAUGCGUGUGUCUAUUUCCUUGAGGACUUUAUUCUUUCUAGGAAAGGAGAAUAACUUAUUGUUAAACCUUCAAAAAAUGAAAGAAGAUACAAAAACUAAAGUACAAAUGACCUGAAACGCUUCACUCUUGUCAUUCUUUGGAUGAACAUCCUAGCGAUUUCCCUAUUCCUUUGUACCCAGAUAGAUAUACAUGUAGAUAAAACUGAUCAAUGUAAA